GGAGUUGCCGUAUUACAUAGCAAGUCUACUUCCGUGUAUGUUUUACAAAAUCACACUUUCAUCACUUCUUAUCCAUUCCCGAAUUAGCACCGAUUCCACGUACUGAAAAUUUGAGCCAGCACGACCAUCACUGUUUAGCGGGAUUCAAAUACAAGUUAAUUUAAUCUUUAUCUCCGCAUAAACUCGACUCGGCGCACGUUGAAGUUCUCACGAGCUCGCUUAGCUUGCUAGCUGCUCACAAAGAGACGACGGCUUUGUAGGCGACGCGCAGCUAAGCCAGUGGGAAGAGUUAUUUUCGUGAGAAAAUGUGUACAAACACAAAAGUGGAGGAUGUGGAGGGCCUCUGGAGAACCGAUGAGGUGAACGAGAGACGGCGUCGACCGCCGGAUGCUGUUUUCAAGGAGCCUCGAAUUCUGUUACACGGAGCAGACGUCAGUGAAGAAAACCUUCCAGAGUCACCUCAUAUUAAACAGGAAGAGGAGGAGGAAAAUCGCCCCAACAUCAAAGUGGAGCCAGAGCCCCGACGCGUUAAAAAUGAAGAGGAGCUGGAGCCCACCCAGUUUAAAGAAGAGGAGCAGGACCAUCUCACCACGUCGCCGCUCCCUUGUGCCAUUGUGAAGAUUGAAGGUGAUGAAGAAGAGGGUGAUCGAGACCCCUGUGGACGAUCGCAAGCAGACAACCUCUUAGCUCCACUUUCCGAUAGUGACAACACAACGCCGCGCUCUUCUGACAUUGACGAUGACGAUGGUGAACACUCGACAAGUGACGCGACGCGUCACGCUGACAAGAAACGCCUGACAUGUCCUCAGUGUGAAAAGACGUUUGGGACCAAGUACACGUUGAGAGUGCACAUUAUGACACACACUGGAGAGAGACCGUUUGCCUGCUCAAUUUGUGGCAAAAGAUUCUCUGUCAAGGGAGUCCUAAAAAGGCACACAAGAACUCACACUGGAGAGAAACCUUUUGCCUGCUCAUCUUGUGGGAAACGAUUCUCUACCAAAGGACAUUUGAACAGACACUCGAGAACACACAGUGGUGAGAAAACUUUUGCCUGCCCAGUGUGUGGUCAAAGGUUCUCUGAAAACGAAAACUUAAAACGGCAUACAAGAACGCACACUGGGGAGAAACCAUUUUCCUGCUUAGUGUGCGGUCUUAAAUUAACUCAAAAGUCGAAUUUAACGAGUCACAUGAAAACGCACACUGGAGAAAAACCUUUUGUCUGCUCAGUGUGCGGGAAAAGCUUUGCUUUAAAGACAAGUUUAAUAAGCCACACAAGAACGCACACUGGGGAGAAACCUUUUGCCUGUUCGGUUUGUGGAAAAAGAUUUGCUCGUAAGGCGUAUUUAAACACGCACACGCAAGAACACGCAGUGGAGAGAAACAAUUUCCCCGCUCAGUUUGCGGUAAACGAUUCCCUCGGAAGGCACAAUUAAGCCUCGACACAAAAGCGCACACGGGAAGGAAACCUCUUGGCUGCUUAGUGUCCAGUCCUCAGCUUGUUCCUCAACGUAAUCUCAUCAUGCUGAUUGUGUUUCUGCUGAUGAGUGACUCUUGGGUAAUCUAAUAGGUGUC